GGAGCUCUGGAACCCAACGGAACCAAGAUCCACUUGGUGCGUCCCCUCUACUCCCCCUGGCCUACUGCUCCUAAGGGUGGUGAGGAAGGGAAACUGAGGCUGACAGAAGAAGACAUGAUUAGCUUGUUAGUCUCUGCCUCUAGUAGUGUGGAUGUUCCGCAGCCGAUUUAGCCCUCAGAUAACACCGGCUAGUGUGAAGUGAAGUUAUUAUUCGGGGUGUGGUCCUCCUUGGACAGCAGGGCCAUCCCUCACUUCCCGCCCCUGUACUGGAGAUUGAACCCAGGGUCUCAAACACGGUGGGCAAACAACCCACCACUGAGCUACAUCCCCAGCCCUCUUUUGUUUUGAAACCGUCUUACUAAAUUGCCUAGUUAGAAUGAAACACAGCAGGUAGCCGGUUCAGGCCUUGAACUUGGGAUCACCCCGCUUCAGUAAUCUCCCUUGUUUUAACCAUGGCCAGAUACCUACGUUAACUUCCCGUGGACUGUGCAGCGUUGCUCUAGAUGCAUUUCAUGCAGGCGUUUCUCGAGUGGAAAGAGAGACCGGGAACGCCCCACUCUGCUUCAGUACCCUCCAGCCCUGCCCGGAAGGCCGGGUCCUGGCGACUUCCAGUGAGAGUAAGACGCGCACCUGCGUUGCCUAGACGCCUUGAGAAGAGCGCUGAGAAAAGCCACUGGCAGAAGAUUCGUACCAUGGUCAAUCUGCCGGUCAUAAGUCCUUUCAAAAAGCGCUACUCCUGGGUGCAGUUAGCAGGGCACACAGGGAGUUUCAAAGCUGCAGGCACCAGCGGCCUGAUUCUGAAGCGUAGCUCAGAGCCAGAGCACUACUGCUUGGUGCGGCUGAUGGCUGAUGUGCUGCGCGGGUGUGUUCCUGCCUUCCACGGUGUGGUGGAGCGGGAUGGUGAGAGCUACCUGCAGUUACAGGACCUGCUCGAUGGCUUUGAUGGGCCCUGCGUGCUUGACUGCAAGAUGGGUGUCAGAACCUACCUGGAGGAGGAGCUGACCAAAGCCCGAGAGAGGCCCAAGCUGCGGAAGGACAUGUACAAGAAGAUGCUGGCGGUGGACCCUGAGGCGCCUACUGAGGAGGAGCAUGCACAGCGCGCGGUCACCAAACCACGCUACAUGCAGUGGCGCGAAGGCAUCAGCUCCAGCACUACGCUCGGCUUCCGCAUCGAGGGCAUCAAGAAAGCCGACGGAUCGUGCAGCACUGACUUCAAAACUACACGAAGCCGCGAGCAGGUGACUCGUGUCUUUGAGGAGUUCAUGCAAGGAGAUGCUGAAGUGCUGAGGAGGUAUCUGAACCGCCUACAGCAGAUCCGGGACACCCUGGAGAUCUCGGAUUUCUUUAGAAGGCACGAGGUGAUUGGCAGCUCACUCCUCUUCGUGCAUGACCAUUGCCAUCGCGCUGGUGUCUGGCUCAUCGAUUUUGGCAAGACCACGCCCCUCCCCGAUGGCCAGAUCCUGGAUCAUCGGAGGCCCUGGGAGGAGGGCAACCGUGAGGACGGCUAUUUGCUGGGGCUGGACAAUCUCAUUGGCAUCUUGGCCAGCCUGGCUGAGAGAUGAGGCCGGGCCCUUGUCCCCCCACUUGGGCCGGCUGGUCAGACAGAUGUGGACCUGUGGCUGCAUCCCCACCAUGCAUGCCGGCAAGAGACUGGAACCCCGCUGGGCGGGCAGUUCACAUGGUCCUGCAGGACCAGGCGCCAUCCACUAAGGGGGUAUCCUACCAAUACCAGGAGUUGGCCUCCACACAAGCCUGUUUCCCAGAGCCGAAUGACACUAGUUUACAGGAGGGGAAGGGAACAAUGGGCUUCUCCCUCAGCCCAGCUCUUCUCAAGUGGCUUUGCACCUCCCUAGAGGGCCAGAUCCAGAAUUUUAUUUCCUAAGUGUGUAGACUUACUGGUCUACCCUCCUACACUACAGUGGACACCCUUCCUAAUAAAACUCAAAGACACAG